AUGGAUCAAUCUGGACCAGUGACUGUAACACUUGACGAUUUAUCAAAGGGAAUUGAUUUUAACACUUUAGAGAAAGCAUUUGGACUCGAUUCAUUAGGCAUUAUAGUCGUUAAGGAUCUACCAGAAAAAUUUCUUGAAUUGAGGCUACGAGUAUUAAAAAGCGCUUCUAUAUUGGCGAGUUUGCCCAAAGAAGAAUUGUCGACUUUAGAAUCAGAAGAGUCCAUGUGGUUAUCGGGAUGGUCUUGUGGGAAAGAAACAUUAGGUAGUAAUGGCACCCCUGACUAUAACAAAGGAUCUUUUUAUAUGAACUGUGCCUUUCACAAGGAUCCUGAACUAGAAGGACCUAUUAAGAGUAUCUGUGAUGAAUUCAAAGACUUUAAGACGUAUACUACUUGGAACAUAUGGCCUUCAAAUGAAUUGGAAGGGUUAUCUACGUUCGAGAGAGACUGUAAAGAGCUAUGUAAUUUAAUUAUAGAUGUGGCUCAAACAGUUGCAUCGAAUUGUGAUAAAUAUAUAGCUAAAACCCAACCAAAUUACGAAGAGCACUUCUUGGAACGAAUUGUUAAGAACUCGACUUCAACCAAGGCAAGAUUAUUACAUUAUUACCCAUCCAAUGGAAAUUCAACCAGUGAUGACGAUUGGUGUGGUGAACAUUUAGAUCACUCGUGUAUUACGGGACUUACAUCUGCGUUAUUUCUCGAUGAAUCGAAGGGUUUAACUCAUGGUCUAAAUCGUUCUCCCGAUCCUGAAGCUGGUUUAUAUAUUCGUAACAGGCGUAAUGACGUUGUUAAGGUUAAUAUCCCCAGCGACUGUUUGGCUUUUCAAUCAGGCUCUGCUUUACAAGAAGUGUCUAAGGGUAGUUUGAAAGCAGUCCCACAUUAUGUAAAAGGUUCGCAACAAAAGAGUGUUGCUAGGAAUACAUUAGCAGUUUUUUGUCAACCUGAUUUGAACGAAAAGGUUAAUAGUAACGAAAACUUUGCUCAAUAUGCUGAAAGAAUUGUGUUAUCUAAUCAUUAG